GUUCAAUUCUACUCUAUGUUAGAACAUUUCUAUGAAUGCUAUUUCGAUCUAAGUGGUCCUAUUCUCUGUCCCAUGCUAGGAAGCAUUACUCCUCUUUUCAUUCCAAAUUCUUCAAUAAGACCGAUACGAUUGAUUGGUCUGUGCGUUUCUCUUAUUACUUUUUUGUAUCCCCCUGUUCCUCGGAUACAAUUCGAUCCUUCUACGGCCAAAUCUCAAUUUGUGGAAAGCCUUCGAUGGCUUCCUUAUGAAAACAUCCAUUUGUAUAUGGGUAUAGACGGUCUUUCAUUAUUCUUCGUGAUAUUGACCACAUUUCUGAUCCCUAUUUGCAUUUCAGUGGGUUGGUGUGGUAUGAGAAGUUUUGGGAAAGAGUAUAUUACAGCAUUUCUAAUUCGUGAAUUUCUAAUGAUCGCCGUGUCCUGCAUGCUGGAUCCUCUACUAUUCUAUGUUCUUUCCGAAAGCGUGCCAAUCCCUAUGUUCAUCAUUAUAGGGGUAUGGGGUUCGAGACAAAGAAAGAUCAAGGCAGCAUAUCAGUUUUUCCUAUAUACUUUACUGGGAUCCGUUUUUAUGCUAUUAGCUAUUCUGUUGAUUCUUCUCCAAACAGGAACCACCGAUUUACAAAUUUUAUUAACCACUGAAUUUAGUGAGCGGCGCCAAAUCCUUCUAUGGAUUGCUUUUUUCGCCUCUUUUGCCGUCAAAGUGCCUAUGGUACCAGUUCAUAUUUGGUUACCCGAAGCCCAUGUAGAGGCACCUACGGCUGGAUCCGUCAUCUUGGCUGGAAUUCUUUUAAAAUUGGGAACCUACGGGUUUUUAAGAUUUUCAAUACCCAUGUUUCCCGAAGCGACACUUUGUUUCACUCCUUUCAUUUAUACUCUAAGCGCGAUUGCUAUAAUAUAUACUUCCUUGACCACUUUAAGACAGAUCGAUCUUAAGAAGAUCAUUGCCUACUCCUCAGUAGCCCAUAUGAAUUUGGUGACUAUUGGUAUGUUUAGUCGGGCGGCGGCCGUUAGGUCACCUAUUUUGAGUUAUGGACACACAAGCAAGGCCAAAACAUGUGUGCCGGGCGUGCGACCCAUCAACCUACUAGCAAUAGGGGAGAAAACUUAGCAUGUCGCAACAAAAGCGUCGAUUCGAGGCGUCAGCAAAACACCGCCGUCUGUUCCUAAAACAAAACCCCUUAGCGCCCCGGGACGGGAGUGGGGGACGGCCCUACGCAGACAGCAGCAGCACCGGCUCUACGAAGUCCGAAUCGAAUCUUUCGGUUGGCUUUCCCGUGAAUAAGAAUUGUUGGGCGCGGCGAAGCGAGCGCUUCUAGCUGUUUCGCUUGCUUCUUUCUUAUUGUGGCGGCUAUUAUGGCGUGGCUGAAAUGAACGAAAAGCGAGAUGAUUCAAAUCGAUUGAUAGAUGGCCUGAUCUGUUCUGAUAGAUCGAAAGGUUUUCUAUCAAUAAUAAGGGUUGACCUCUUUCUAUCUAUUGAUGAUACAAGAUAUCUAUCUAUUCUGGAUCCAUCAGAAAGAAAUCGAUAUGUAUCUGAUUUUUUCUACAUCGUAUGUAGAGCGCCCAAGCGUUUGGCCAGCUCAGUUCUAUUAUCCAUCGGUCCAAUGCACUGGCUCAUCUCAUGGAGGGAAAAAGCAAAUGUAGUUAGUUGUCUUGUUGUUGUUCGCCGCCUCGACACAUUCCCCGGCAUCGUCCCACACAGAAAGAAAGAGCGUGGAGCCCCGGCCCGACCUGUAAGUCCGCUAACGUAAAGCGAGGAGUUGAGCCUGAACUGGCGAACCGAAGUCACUUUCGUAACCAUACUUCCUACAGCUAACACGUGUCCAGUCCAGCGGGAACGCGAAGCGCAAACGAACGUGAGCUGCUAUACCGAAUCCCCCGCUGGCCAUCGGGGACCUAGUGGUAAGGCCAUGAUCCGCAGGGGAAGGGAUCACUCAUUCUUCUAUUGGGGACAG